AUGGACUCCCUUCUUGCAUUGAAGAUUAGGAAGUUCGCGGACUUGGAAGAUAGAGCAGUGAUACUUGAGGAGAAUUUACGAGUCCGGGCAGGGGAAUUCAAUCAAAGGAAGAGGCAAUUUCAUGUCAUGGAGCAAAAUAAGGGCAAGAGACCUAUGUACAGCCCAAUGCCCAAGCCAAUCCAAGUGAUCAAACCUCCCCAACGUGGUACAACAACACCUCGCCCCGCAUGCCAGAACUGUGGCAAACCUCAUGCCGGAAAGUGCCUUACGGGGACUAACAUCUGUUUUAAAUGUUGUAAGGUGGGUCAUUUGGUACGGGAGUGUCCAAUGCUUGUGGCCCCUAAUACUCAAGUUCAGAAUCCAGGGCAGAAGAAUCCAGCACCGGCCCGAGUUUUCGCGUUAACAUUUGAUGAUGCUGAUACUUCUCCUGAUGUGGUGACAAGUAUUCUUUCCCUGUUUUCGCAUCGUGCUUUAGUCCUAUUUGAUUCUGGUGCUACGCAUUCAUUUAUAUCCAGUAAAUAUGCAUGCCUGAGCGAGAGAGCACCUAAACCUCUUGAACCAAUGAUGUCUGUUUCUUCACCUCUUGGGAAAUCUGUGAAUUGUCAGUUUGUGCUGAAGCGUUGCGCGAUAAAGAUACAAGAUCGAUAUCUCCUUGCUGAUUUGAUAUUAUUUGACAUGGAGGAGUUCGAUGUGAUUUUGGGCAUGGAUUGGUUGUCUCAAUACCAUGCUAGCUUGGAGUGCUUCAAGAAGAAAGUAGUUUUGAGACCACCAGGUGAGUUAGAGUUCCGUUUCUGUGCUGCGGCUAAGAGUACUAUGCCGAAGGUGAUCUCUGCAUUAAAGGCCACCACUAUGUUAAAGAAGGGUUGUGCAGGAUUUCUUGCUAGUUUGGUGAUGCCACAACCAAAUGGGCCUAAGUUGCAAAAUAUUGAGGUGGUGAAGGAUUUUCCUGAUGUUUUUCCAGACGAACUACCUGGCUUACCUCCGGAUAGGGAGAUUGAGUUCUCUAUAGAUCUCAUUCCGGGAAUGGCACCUAUCUCUAAAACGCCAUACCGGAUGGCACCUGUAGAGCUCGAGGAGCUUAAGGAUCAAUUGCAAUAA